CUUUUUUUUCUAUUUAAGGCGAAUACUAUUCUUUUAAAGGAAUAUUAUUUUCUUAUUGUUCAAUUUAAUAUAUAUUUAUUUCUUGAUAUAUUUAAUCUUUAUUUUGUUCUUAUGAUUAUUCUUUAUAUUUUUCUUCUUAAAUUAAUUCUUUAUUUAUAUCUUCUUAAAUUUAAACUUUCUCUUAUAUUUAGAUUUUCUCUUUAAUUUAUUCCUUAUUUUCAUCUUUAAUUUAUUCUGUAUUUUCAUGCUCUUUUUAAUCUGAUAUUUCAACUUAAUCUUGCUAUAUUUCCAGUUAUAAUUAUUUUUCUUCUUGAUUAUUAUCAAAUAUAGGCUUUUCAUUAAUUUAUAAAUUAGUAUCAUUAUAUUAUUUAUUUUAUAUAGUCUAUUGUAAAGUUUAUUAAUCAAAUUCUUUAUUAAUUUAUUAGACUUAAUCUUUGUAAAACUCUUCUUUGUUUUCAGAGUUAAUAUUAACACUUUAAAUAUUAUUAAUAACUAAAUUUCCUUAUUACUAAUUAAAGUUAUUUUAAUCAAUUUCUAUUUAUUAUAAUUAUUCACCUUAAAUAACUUAAUAUUAAGAUUUUUCAAUAUUUUAAAUUUCUUAAUUAUCAUUUAAAUUAUUUUCUUCAGUAGUUAUUUAAACCUCUUUUUUUUCUUAAUCUUCAAUAAAAUUUUACUCUAUUAUUUUUUCCUCUUUUGUCAAAUUUUCCUCUCUUAUUUAGUUUUCUCCUUUUAUUAAGUUUUCAUCUUUUAUUAUAUAGUUUUCCUCUUUUAUUUAAUUUUCCUCUUUUAUUAAGUUUUCAUCUUUUAUUAUAUAGUUUUCCUCUUUUAUUUAAUUUUCCUCUUUUAUUAAAAUUUCCUCUUUUAUGUAAUUAUCAUCUUUUAUGUAAUUAUCCUCUUUUAUUAAGAUUUCCUCUUUUAAUUAAUUAUCCUCUUUUAUGUAGUUAUCCUCUUUUAUUAAUAUAUCUUCUUUUAAUUAAUUGUCUUCUUUUAUUUAAUUAUUCUCUUUUAUUAUUAUAUCUUCUUUUAAUUAAUUGUCUUCUUUUAUUUAAUUGUCAUCUUUUAUUAAGAUUUCCUCUUUUAAUUAAUUGUCUUCAUUUAUUUAAUCUUCCUCUAUCAAUUUUUCUUCCUUUAUUAAAUUUUCCUCUUUUAUUUAAUUUUCGUCUACCAAUUUCUCCUCUUUUAUUUAAUUUUCGUCUACAAAUUUCUCCUCUUUUUCCUCUAUUAAUUUUUACUAUUUUAUUAAAUUUCCUUCUUUUAUUAAAUCAUUAUCACCUUCUUUUUCUUAAAUAUUUUAUUUUUCAUAAUCAAUACUACUAUCUGCUUAUUUUUUCUACUUUUCUUAAAAAUGUAAAAACAUCUAUCUUUAAUAAAUAUACUCAGGUUUUUAUCUCAUAACUUCGGCUGUUUUUUACCUUUCAUAUUCUUUAUAAAUAGCCAUUUCAUCUUCAUCUUCAUUAGCGUCCUAUAUUCCUUUUCCAUCUAAAAAAUUCUCAAAAUCCCCUAAAUUUCUGCUCUAUUUUUCUCUAUGAAAAUCCACUAUAUUGACCACAAAAUCCGCAAAAACCUUACUUUAAUUCAUUAAUUCUCUACAUUAAACUAAUAAAAGUUCUGUAAUUUUAAUAACAUAACACAGAAAUCCUUUAGUAGUCUUCCUAUAUGGUUUUCUCAAAUUAAAAUAAAAAACAGAAUCUUCAGUUUUUUAAAUCAUUAAUUAAAUAAUCCCUAUAUCCUUUAAUAAAUGUUCUAAAUAAUCCUUGUUUUGGCUCAAAAAACACAUCAUUGAUAAAACUAAAUUAUGCAUUAUAUUAUUCCAUUCAAAAAAGAAAAAAAUAUCUAAAACAUUCUCCAAUAUACGGCUUUAAAUUAAAACUUCGCGGAUACAAGGGAACUAAAUACGGAUUAUUUAAUUCAAAAGUUCAAUUAUUUUAAGCCUUUCUAAUCCCAGUUUUUUCUCUUAGGGUUAUAUUUUUAAUAAAUCUUUUAUUUUUGGUAUGUUUUCGACUAGAAAUUAUAAAUAAGCAGUACUUUCAUACUAUUAGAGCAUUAUUUAGUAAUAUUCAGAAUCUUCAGAAUAACCAGAAAUAAAAUUGUUUGCAUUAUAAGCAUAAUAUUGAGCUAAACUAGACAAAAUUUAACAAGUGCCUAAUUUAGAUUAUUUAUUUCCUUCAAAAAGA